GUACAACUUCACAGCACAAACAACAACCCACAUUCUUAGCAUCCUUGCAUGUGUACGUAUCCACCAACAAACAAAAAACAGAGCAGAAACAGAGCAAAAUAAAAACCUUACCUUUCGUUCUCUAACUUUCAAUCUUUACACAUUCCAUGAUACCCUUUUAAGCAUUUUGCACUUCCCUUCAUUUGGGUAAGUGAAAGUUUCUUCCUUUACCACUUUUUCAAUACUCAAGUUCUUACCUUUAACCCUUGUUUAGCUUAGUAGUGAAAAAAAAAUAUGGAAGGAGAAAGUAACAACAAAGAGAACAGUUCUAAGCUAGCAUCAUAUGAAGCUGAAGGAACCAGUAACCAUGAUGUUUCUGAGGAACAUCACAUUCAAAACCAAUACUUUGGAAGAAGUGGGAUAGAGUGGAAUUUCUUACCAAAACUACCUCAAAAUAACUAUGUUGAAUAUCUCUCUGAAUCCUCAUGUUAUCUUCCAAAUACUGCCACAACAGCUGAGUAUAAUAUGAUUGGGAAUAGCCAUUAUCACACUCUUGGUAGUAGCAGCAGCAGUUUCAAUGAUCCUGGAAAAGCUGAUUUUGGUUUUAAGCUGAUUGAUUCUUCAAGUCAUGAUUUUGGUGUUAGGAAGCGUGCAGGGCUUUGGAGAAGUGAUGAAGGAGAGGAAGAAGCUCAUAAAUUUGAAACUGGAAGUAGUCAAAAUCUCCACUAUGCUGAGGGUCAUGCAACAUGGACACCUGAUUCUGUUGGAGAUAAGCAAUAUGGUUCACAAUUUGAUCAUAUGGGAGUAGUUGCUGCACCUUCUUUACUUCCAAAUCCAAAAUCAGGAGGCAGCUCCACAAAACAGAAAAGUGAGAAAACACGUUACAGUGACCGUCAACGCAGGCAACGUAUUGCUGAUAACCUCAAAGCUUUACAUGAAUUGCUGCCGACUCCACAUGUGGGUAGUCAAGCUUACAUAUUGGAUGAUAUCAUUGACUAUGUUAAAUACUUGCAGAUUCAAGUGAAGGAACUAAGUGGAAGUAAAUUGCAAGCUGAUUCAAAUUCUAUACCACUAGUUUUCCAUGAGGGUUAUGGGCAUUAUAUAAAGGAACAGGUGUUGAAUGAGCCUCUUGAAGAGAUAAUGGGGAAUCUACUUGAAGUAAAUUCAGCAGCAACAUGUCAGCUACUUGAAAACAAAGGUCUUGUUCUGCUGCCUAUUGCUUUGGUUGAUGAACUGAACCAGGCUAUGCAAUGGUUGAACCAAGCUAGCUAGAUAACUAUUUUUUUUUUCUUUUCUGCAUUAUGGUUGAUUUAUAUUUUGUAUGUUUGGAUUAUUAGGUAUGUGAACCAAGCUAACUCUUGAAAAUCUAUGGUACUCAGAGGUGGUGUGUGUUACUGUUUCUUGUUUCUGUGUUGGGAUUUGUUCGGUUAUGAAACUUGCAUGAAAAGUAAGAUAGGACACAGGACUUAUUUGUGACCGGUGAUUUAGUUCAUGGUUUCAAAAUGUUUCACAUGUUGAUUUAAAUUUAGAAGGAAUAUUCAAUUUUCA